AUGGCCGACGAAUUCCCCUGCAAGCUAACCCUCCACCUCCCCUUCCCCACCCCCUCUCUCGCCAACACCGCUUUGCGCGCCCUCGCCGUAGACCAAGAACUCUCGCCCCUAGUGCGCCGCUCAUUCGAACUCGUUACCCCGGACAAAGCCGCAGAGUCUGCAGAAAAGAAUGUGCUCCAAGUCUCGUAUUCUGCGACCACGAAUCGCAUGCUGCGGGUUGCGGUGAACGGGUUCUUUGAGAGCGUGGGGGUGGUUAUUGGGGUUAUGAGGGAGCUGGAUGUGGAUGUGGUUGAUAUGCCCGGGAGCGAGAGCUUGGAGGGGGCGCAGGGGAUAGAAGGGGUGAAGGGGUGA